GAAAGAGAUUAUUGUCUGUCCGUGUCAAAAGGAAGGAAGAAUCGGGAGUGGGAAGAACAUGAAGCGGAAUUGCAAGAAGAGAGAAGAAGGAAGCAACCAGCAACUUACAUGGAUGACAGUGAGCUAUCUGAAUUAUUUGAUAAGGUACUAUUAGGCACUGGGCUGGGAAAAGGAACACCUCCUAAUAUGACCUUUCAGGAAGGUGGUGGAAAUGAUAAGCAAGUUGUGGAUCUGAGGACCCUAUUGAUGCUUUGUGCUCAAGCUAGUGCUUCUGAUAAUCUUUCAUAUGCUAAUAAGUUACUAAAGCAGAUUAGGCAGCAUUCUUCAAUAAUAGGCGAUGGAACUCAGCGGCUUGCACAUUACUUUGGAAAUGCCCUUGAAGCACGCUUGGCUGGCACAGGUUUGCAUGUUUAUAGUGUUCUAUCCAACAAAAUAAUCUCAGCCAAAGACCUGAUAAAAGCUUACCAAAUGUAUGCUUCAGUGUGCCCAUUUGAAAAGCUAGCAAUAAUGUUUGCUAACCAAUCAAUUUGGAAUCUAGCCAAGGAGGCUGAAACCCUUCACAUUAUAGACUUUGGUAUUGGCUAUGGAUUCAAGUGGCCAGCACUUAUCAACCGUAUAUCAAAACGUGCCGGUGGGCCACCCAAGUUGCGCAUCACAGGGAUAGAGCUGCCACAACCUGGUUUCAGACCAGAGGAGAAGGUGAAGGAGACAGGACAUAGGCUUGCAGGUUAUUGCAAGCGCUUCAAUGUUCCAUUUGAGUACAAUGCCAUUGCAAGGAGAUGGGAAACCAUCAAAGUUGAGGAUCUCAAGAUAGAGAAAAACGAAUUUGUAGCUGUGAAUUGCAUGUUUCGGUUUAAGAACCUGUUUGAUGAGACAGUUGUGGUGAAUAAUCCCAGGGAUGCUGUUUUGAGUUUGAUUAAGAAGGCAAAUCCUGAUAUAUUUGUGCAUGGUAUAGUCAACGGUUGCUAUGAUGCACCCUUCUUUGUGACACGGUUCCGGGAGGCACUAUUUCAUUAUUCUGCUUUUUUUGACAUAUUAGACAUCAAUGUUGCUCGUGAAAAUCCCAUGAGGUUUAUGUUUGAGAAGGAGUUGUUUGGGCGAGAAGUAAUGAAUAUUAUAGCUUGUGAAGGUAGUGAGAGGGUUGAGAGGCCUGAGACUUACAAGCAAUGGCAGCUUCGGAAUAUGAGAAGUGGGUUUAAGCAGCUACCUUUGGAUCACCAAAUCAUUGAUAUAUUAAGGGAUAGGUUGAGAGGUGAUGGUCACAACACUAACUUUAUGUCUGAUGUGGAUGGCAAUUGGAUGCUACAGGGUUGGAAGGGCCGAAUCCUACAUGCUUCCUCCUGUUGGAUACCACUUUUUCAGUAUCAUUACAUGUCUAGCAAUUCUACAGAUAUAGUUGAAAGCCCUGAACAAUGUCAAAAUGAAGUAGAACAUUCUCAACAUAUGUACACCGUAAACAAUACCACAAAGAACAAUGUUUUUUUUUUUCUCUGUACUUGUUGUGUUUCAAAAUCUCUGCUGCUGCGACCCUUUUGUGAUCCUGCUAUGGAUUCAAACUUUGUUGGAAGUAGCUACAACUUUGAUGAUGAAGGGAAUUUAGUGCUAGUUUCUGAUUCAAACGAUUGGGAUUUUCAUGUCUCUGAUCCUACUUUUUAUCCAUCCGAUGCGGGCCCACUUGGUUUUCCUCCGAAUACAGGCUUCAACUCAGAGCCACUUGUUGCAUCCUCGGAUGUUGCCAUGGCCACGGUAGCGGAUCCAUCCCUUGAAGACGCUGACUUUUCAGAAACAUUCAAGUUCAUAAGCCAAGUUCUCAUGGAAGAGAGCUUUGAACAGAGGCCAUGCAUGUGUUAUGACCCUCUGAGUCUGCAACACACUGAGAAAUCCUUCUAUGAUGCUUUGGAACCAAAACUACCUCUUUCCCCUAAUCAGCACCCUUUAGAGAGCCCUGAUGGGAAUGGUUCAAAUUCCACCACUGAUUCUGGGAGCAGCGCCAAUUCUCAUGAGUUGAAACCUCAUUCACCCGAUUCACCUGUUUCUGGUGGUGAUUAUGCUUUCCAUUCCCUUUCCCACACGCCCUCUUUGCAAGUUCCUCAGCAUGGUUUGACUAAUAUUAGUGACGGACUAUUAGAUUUGGAUUCUUCUGCAACCAAGCUCUUGGCUGAAAAUAUAUUUAGUGAUGCAGACUCUAUGUUGCAGUUUAGAAGAGGGCUAGAGGAAGCUAGCAAGUUUCUUCCACAAAGGCCUCAGCUUUUCACUGGGUUGGAGAGCACCAAGACCAAGGUGUCUGCAGAGGCAGCAGAGAAGAGGGAGAGAUCAUAUGGGUUGAAGGGUAGGAAGAAUCAUGAGCGGCAAGAUAGCAAUGAUGAAGAGGAAGGAAGAAGCAACAAGCAGUAUGCGGUUUGUGUUGAGGAGGAGAGUGAGAUAUCUGAAAUAUUUGACAGGGUUUUGCUUAGUGUUGAAAACGUGCCACUGUGUGCUGAAAAGAAGGAUGGACCGGUGGUGGAUAGUAACAUUAACGCACAACUAAGUGAACAACCACAUUUGUUUGAGGGAGGGAAGAUUCGUUCCAAGAAACAAGGAAGGAAGAAGGAAGUGGAUUUGAGGACCCUUUUGGUUCUAUGUGCACAAGCUGUGUCUGCCAGUGACAACAGGACUGCUAAUGAACUGCUGAAGCAGAUUGGGGAGCAUUCUUCUAGAUCAGGUGAUGCAUCUCAGAGGCUGGCUCAUUAUUUUGCAGAAGCUCUAAAGACACGCUUGGUUGGUGCUGCUGGGACUGGAACCCAAAUAUUUUAUAUGAGCCACAAGAAUUUCACUGCUACUCAUUUCUUGAAGAAAUUUGCACAUUUCUUUGCAAAUAAGAUGAUUAUGAAAAUGGCUGAAAAGGCGGAAACACUUCAUAUUAUUGAUUUUGGUAUCCUUUAUGGUUUCCAGUGGCCAAUUCUUAUCAAGUUUUUGUCAAAUAGAAGUGGAGGGCCUCCCAAGCUGCGCGUCACAGGAAUAGAGUAUCCCCAAGCUGGCUUUCGUCCAGCAGAAAGAAUUGAGGAAACCGGUCGCCGUCUAGACAAGUAUUGCAAGCGUUUCAAUGUUCCCUUCGAGUACAAGGCCAUAGCAUCGCGAAACUGGGAAACCAUUCAAAUUGAAGAGCUUAAAAUUGAGCGGAAUGAGGUGCUUGCUGUGAACUGUCUGGUAAGGUUUAAGAAUUUGCUUGAUGAGACAAUUGAAGUGAACAGUCCUAGAAAUGCUGUUCUGAAUUUAAUCAGGAAGAUGAAACCAGAUAUUUUUGUUCAUUCCUUAGUGAAUGGAUCAUAUAACGCCCCUUUCUUCGUCACACGCUUCAGGGAGGCACUGUUCCAUUAUUCUGCAAUUUAUGAUAUGUUUGAUACUCUCAUUUCCCGUGACAAUCAAUGGAGGUUGAUGCUUGAGAGUGAAUUUUUGGGUCGGGAGAUUAUGAAUGUUGUAGCAUGUGAAUCUUUUGAGAGGGUCGAGAGGCCUGAAACAUACAAACAAUGGCAGGUUAGGAAUACUAGGGCUGGUUUUAGGCAGCUCCCACUCGAUAAGGAACUAAUGGCCAAAUUUAGGAAUAAGUUAAGAGAGUGGUACCACCGGGAUUUUGUCUUUGAUGAAGAUAACCACUGGAUGCUUCAAGGUUGGAAGGGUCGCAUUUUGUAUGCUUCAACUUGCUGGGUGCCGGCAUAUUACUGUGGCAAAGGGAUUGGUUCCGAUUCUUUAUUGAACGUCGCUUUCCUCCGUCCCAUGAUUGAUAUUUUCCACUAUGUAGUUCUUAGUGCGGGAAGACACAAUUUGUUCUCAUGGGGGCAUGCACCUGUUUACUCCUUUCCUCUGUUUGAAACUUUUAUAAAGAACCCUUCUACUUUGAGGUUUGGUGCAAGCCAAAUUGGAAAUCAUACAAGGGCACAUUCUGGGUAUCCAUGUCCAACUAUAGUUGGUUUCCCUGCAGCAGCCGCGCCAUCUCCUAAAUCUAAUUUCUUGAUAGACUUCAAGAUGCUUUCUACCAACUCCCUUGUGCAGAAUUUUCAUGGUCCUAUCUCGGUAUUUCCAAAUCAGAACCAAGCAAUGAAUGGUUUUGAGUUGGAUGAUUCAUCUUCUCCUUCUUCUGGCACAAGCUCAAGCGGAGAAUCCACUGAGGUAACCAAGUAUUCCAAUCCCAUCCUCAGAUACAUAAGCGACAUCCUCAUGGAUGAGGAAGAUGACUUGGAGCGCAAACCCUGCAUGUUGCAGGAAUGUUUGAGACUCCAAGCUGAAGAAAAAUCCUUUUAUGAUGUCCUUGGCCAUAGUUACCCUUCAUCACUCCAUCAAAUCACUUCUUGUUUCCAUGAUGAAAGCAUAGGAAUCACAGACCCUGAUGAAAACUUUGGUCCCACUGCUAGUUUUGAGAGCAAUGGCAGCUGCACCACUGAUAACUCUUAUGAGUCUGACUUGGUCAAUUCUGUGGGUGAAUUUGACUCUUCUUUCCUACAACUUCAAACCCCUUUAGUUGAUUCCCCAGAAAGAACUUACCAUGUAGUUCCUGAUCCAUUUAGUGAGUUUAAAAAAGCUGGCUUUUUUCAUAAUGGAACCUGGAAUAUCAGGCAGUCUCAGACAAAGCCACUUGUGGUGGUAGAGGGUUCUUCAUCUUCAGCAUCCCGAGAAAAAAGAAGCUAUCGAAUGGAUGACACUUCUGAUGAACAAGAGGGUAGAGGCAGCAAGGUUUCAGCUGUCUUUUCUGACAAUUCAGAACCACUAGAGAUCUUAGAUGAGGUGCUGCUAUGUCAGACUGGAAGAAGUCAAACCCCCCUUUGUGCUAUUGAGGCAUCACAAACUGUUGAUUCAGUAGGAGGAUCCAAUGGAAAAUCAACACGUUCACGUUCAAAGAAAGGGUCCACCAACACAGGUGGAACAGCUGUAGAUUUGUGGACACUUCUAACCCAAUGUGCACAGGCUGUGGCAAGUUAUGACCAAAGGAAUGCAAAUGACUUACUCAAGCAAAUUAGGCAACACUCUUCACGUUUUGGAGAUGGACUUCAGCGUUUGGCUCAUUACUUCGCCAUUGGCCUUGAGACAAGAUUGGCUGCUGGGACACCAUCAUAUAUGCCUUUAGAAGUGGCAACUGCUGCUGAUAUGUUGAAAGCUUACAAACUAUUUGUUACAUCCUCUCCUUUGCAGAGAAUGUCAAAUUUAUUGACAACCAAGACAAUCAUUAGUCUUGUGAAGAAUGAGAGCAGUGUUCAUAUUAUUGACUUUGGCAUUUGCUAUGGUUUUCAGUGGCCCUGCCUUAUCAAGAAACUGUCAGAAAGACCUGGUGGUCCUCCAAGGCUUCACAUAACCGGAAUUGAUCUUCCUCAGCCAGGAUUUCGGCCUGCAGAAAGGGUUGAGGAAACCGGGCGGCGUUUGGAGAACUACUGCAAGAAGUUCAAGGUCCCAUUUAAGUACAAUUGCAUUGCACAAAAAUGGGAAACUAUAAGACUUGAGGAUAUCAAGAUUGACAGGAAUGAAAUAACUGUUGUUAACUGUUUGUACCGGCUGAGGAACCUGCCUGAUGAAACUGUGACAGUGAACUGCCCAAGAGAUGCUGUGUUGAAGUUGAUCAGGAAGAUUAAUCCGAACAUCUUCAUCCAUGGUGUAGUCAAUGGCACUUAUAGUGCACCCUUUUUCUUGACUCGGUUCAGAGAGGCACUCUACCACUUCUCAUCACUGUUUGACAUGUUUGAUGCUAAUGUGCAACGAGAAGACCCACAAAGGGAGAUGCUUGAGAAAGGGUUGUUUGGAAGGGAUGCCAUCAAUGUUAUAGCGUGUGAAGGAGCAGAGAGGGUUGAAAGGCCUGAGACCUAUAAGCAGUGGCAGGUUAGGAACCUGAGAGCUGGGUUCAAGCAAGUCAGGUUGGAUCCUGAAUUGGUGAAUGAAGCCAAAACAAUGGUGAAGAGGGAAUACCACAAAGAUUUUGUGGUGGCUGAGGAUGGCAAGUGGGUUUUGCAGGGGUGGAAAGGGCGUAUUCUCAAUGCUUUUUCUGCUUGGGUUCCUGCUUAAGCACUGUCCAGAAGGUGUCUUGUAACUAGUAAUCCACUCUUAGGUCCUGAGAAAAAGUGCAAUAAACUAAUGCUUUUCUACUUCUCAUUAGCCAUAUGUGUUUGCAUUUUACAUAUUGAUGUUCAAUUCACUUCCUUCCUAGCUCGUAUGACACAAAUUCCCCUUUUUAG